AUGAUUCUCUUUGUUUCCUAUCUCAUAGAAAGCAAACGAUACGUAAAGGACUUCAAAAUAAUGUUGGAGAGACAAGACAAUCAAGUGAAGAAUGUCGUUACUUUGUGCAUGAAUACCAUCAAAGAAAUGAAGACUGGCCAACUGUUAUUAGACCAUCAGGAUGGACGAUCUUUGAAUGCCUUAAAUAGAACAUGCAAGCUUCAGAACAAGUUGAAACGAGUUCGAGUGAUAGCCAUAGUGAUGAGGAGGUAUCCACAAGCGGAAAUGUUACUGUGCCAGCAAGGUCAUGGGCUAAUAUGGAUUGGAAAGAAGCGAAAGUCCACAAAAAAAGAAAAUAUGUUGACCCAGAAUUCCCAUUCACCGAGUACUAGCCCUAAAGCUAAAACAAUCGCUGAGCGAAAAUCGUGGAAGUUGUCGCCAGGAAGUAAAAACCGAAAAACCAGUCCAGUCCCCAAGGCGAAAAUAACAUACAAUGUAGCAAGCCAAACGAAUAUCGUAGUAGAUAUACCUAAUAAGGAAAAAAUGGGGAAAGUAAUUAAAGAAUUACAUUCCAAAGUCGAAGUACUGGAAGCGGAAUUUCAAACCAGAGAGCCAGAGACCCUCUCAGUUCCAGACCCACUGGAACAAAUGACUGACUGUGCGAGUGAUGACUACUUCAGACCACAGCAGAGAAGGCGAACCAGUAAGCGAAAAAGGGAUUUUGACAGUCACCACGGACUUCGUAAGGGAAACUAUACAAGAAAUUAG